AUGACGUCCUUGUUCUUAUUGGUGGUGUUUCUUGUUCUGCAAGUUGUAUAUUCCUGUCCAAAUGGUUAUCAUCAACAUAAUGGAUCUUGUUAUGCCGUAGUUCCAAUUAGAACAACAUGGCCGAACGCUGUGACAUAUUUUAGAACUAGUGAUAAUACGUAUUGUAAGGCCAUAGGGGGAUAUUUAUCAGUUGUGGAUGGAGCUGUCGAAAGAAACUAUUUGAAACAAUAUAUCAACAGUAAAUAUGGUUCCCAGUUUAACUAUUAUUGGAUUGGAGGGUUGAACUAUGUAGACGGUUCCUGGGUAUGGUCAGGAUCAGUGAGGACCAUAGAUCAUCUCAUGUGGAAUCCGGGUGACCCAUCUGGUAGACCUGGCGAAAAGUGUUUAAUGAUGGUACAGAAAUCUGACUACCUUUUCUCAGAUUUUGAAUGUGAUGCCAAAAACGCAUUUGUUUGCGAGACUCAAGACAAAAGAGCUCAGUAG